GUCCCCGCCCAGGUUUGGGACGACAACUUUCAUUCAUAAAUGGACGCGCCCACUGUGCCCAACCAACCAGUAACAGUUUGGCCGUGCCACCAAGCGCUAUUACAUUAUCCAGCUGUGCUGUUUGUUUAGGUCGGGGCACGCUUGUGAAAACAAACCUGGUUCCCACAUUCUGACAAGUUUUGUCGUCGGGUCCCGCUGCUUCAACUUGUUUGAUGAACUUGUUCAUUGAUUCAGCAGCGUGCGAUCUGAGAUGACUUUCUGAUGAUUACGUCCUUCAGCCCUACGGUCGAACAGCACUACACGUUUUGUACAUGUGCACUGUACAUGUACUGCACAGUACAUUCACGUGCACUCACGCCGACAACUAACUUAUUUCCGUGCGGCAUUCCUAAGCAUUGGUAGUGCCGUCCAUGGUCGUUUGUGACCUUUCUCCAGCACAAGAAUUACCUACUCGAGAGAACUGGAAAUUGUCGCAAUGUUUACAGUCUGCUGUUUCAUCUUGACGGUCGCGUGCCUUGGUCAGACACUACCGACUAAAGAUUCUUUCAAGUUUAAUCACCCAGAACAAGCUGAUUUCAUCAAAACCUUGGCUGACUAUGAGAUCGUCAUUCCGUCAGUCGUGGACAGCGACGGAGUUUUCAUCUCCCACGACCUGACCAGAGACCGAGUUGACCAGCACCGCGCAUCACCCAGCCGGCACGCCGAUGUCACUGACCAAGACGACGAGGAAACCGACGACGAGGUCCACUACAGAUUCCGUUUGUCCGGCCAAGAUCUUCACCUGCGGCUUGAGCGGAGCCAGGGGCUGCUCGCACCGGGUUUUGUGUCGGAGAGGCGCGGGAAGAAUGUGUCUGAAUCGCGGUUGAGACGGAUCUACCACACCCGCCACUGCCAUUUCAACGGACACGUUCGCGGACGUCGCGACUCGCGCGUUGCUGUCAGCACCUGCGAUGGCGUUAUUGGAAUGAUCAGACUACAAGAAGAAGAAUUCUUCAUCGAACCCGUCAAGAACUACACCGGAAGUCAGGGUGCCAAGCAGCAUCCACACGUCGUUUAUAAGCGAUCAGCGAUAGCAAACCAAGCCUGGCAACCUCACGCAGAGCGCCGCCAUCUUGAUAGGCGUGACACUGGCAAGAGUGGGCAGGAAGAUUUUUGCGGCGUGCAGGAUGAAGCAACGGACGAGAAGCGCAGCACACGACAGAAACGAGCCAGUGAACACAGCAAAACGGCUUCAGCGCACAGGAGGCGAAGACGGUCAUCAAGUCUGGAGCGAAACGUUGAAUUACUGGUCGUUAUUGAUAAGCACAUGCUUCAUUAUUACCAAGAUCAAGACAUUGAGACCUACGUGUUGACCAUCAUGAACAUUGUCGCUACUUUGUACCAUGACGCCAGCAUUGGUAAUUAUAUCAACAUCGUCAUGGUGCGCAUGCUCUUUCUGGAGGAGGACGAGGUAGGAUUAUCGAUUGAGCACGAUGCCGACAAGACGCUAAGCAGCUUUUGCCGAUGGCAACGGACGAUAAACCCUGGGGAUGAGAACCACCCAAAUCACCAUGACGCUGCCGUUCUGUUGACAAGGAAGGAUCUGUGUAAGGGAUUUGAUGCUCCCUGUGGCACCUUAGGACUAGCGCAGGUGUCUGGCAUGUGCCAGAGCGAAUGGAGUUGCAAUAUCAACGAGGACACAGGACUUGCUUUAGCCUACACCGUCGCCCAUGAGCUCGGGCACAGUUUUGGUAUGCAGCACGAUGGAUUGGACAACGCGUGCGGACAGGGUAAUGAGUCACAGGUUCACGUCAUGUCAUCGCAGCUGACUGGGGUGUAUGGAGCGCUAACAUGGUCGGCCUGUAGCCGAAACUACAUCACAAGAUUCUUGGAUCAAGGAUUUGGAGACUGUUUAAAUGACGAGCCCACCCCUCACGAUUUCAGCUACCCGUUUGUUCCGGCUGGUGUCAUGUACACAGCGGCCCACCAGUGUAGAUUGCAGUACGGCGCCAAUGCAUCAGUAUGUUCUCAACUUGAGCCAGAUCAGUGUUCAACACUAUGGUGCAAAUCUGGUAACCGAUGUCAUUCGAAGCUAUCUGCGGCUGCACCGGGAACCAGCUGUGGACGUGACAGGUGGUGUAGCGGUGGUGAAUGUGUUGACAUCAAGGAAUCAGCGGCUCCAAUCCACGGUGAUUGGGGGUCAUGGAGCGAGUGGUCACCCUGCUCACUGAGCUGUGGCUCUGGUGUUGCCAUUAAGGAGAGGCACUGCAAUAAUCCACGACCCUCCAAUGGUGGCAAAUAUUGUGUAGGUGAACGAAAGAAGUACGCCAUAUGCAAUCGGCAGGAAUGUCCCCAGGGCAGUGUGCGUCCACGUCACGCCCAGUGCAGCAGGUACAACAGACUGGCUUAUCAUGGUAGCUACUUCCAAUGGGUACCGUAUUACAAAGAAAACGCUUUCUGCGAGUUGCAUUGCCGGCCCCUGGAGAAGAGAUUCUUGCUUCCGAUAAAGUUUGCCAAUGAGGUGACGGAUGGGACUCCAUGUACGGAAGAUUCCAGGGAUUUAUGCAUUGGUGGCAUCUGCUAUAAAGUUGGUUGCGACUAUCAGAUCAAUUCGGAGGCCGUGGAAGACCGGUGUGGGAUCUGUCACGGCGAUGGAUCAUCGUGUGAGACUGUUAAAGAUCAACUCAUCAAACAAUCUGGCUUCGGGUAUGUUGAAGCCAUGGUUAUCCCUGCUGGAGCUCGGAAUAUUCGAGUAGAGGAGGUAGCCGAGGCGAAUAACUUCCUAGCUCUGAUGGACUCAUCUGGACACUACUACCUCAAUGGGGGGUGGGACAUUAAAUGGAGUGGGACGUACGAGGCAGCUGGGACUGUAGUGCGAUACGAGAGAGAUGAUCAGAAUAAGGAAACGUUUGAUGCUAAAGGUCCGCUCAAGAAACCACUACAUGUCAUGUUAUUGUUUCAAUCCAAGACGGCUGGUGUAGCCUACGAGUACACGGUCCCUAAGCCUGGGAAUGUGACUGUACCUGUACCUAAACACUUCAAGUGGACCAUCGCUGGCUGGACACCGUGCACGGCAACGUGUGGCUCAGGUCUGCAACGAGAGAUCAUUCAUUGCGUGGAGCGCAUAGCUGGUGUAGUUGAGGACAAAUAUUGCAAUGAUACUAGACCGGCUAAUAGGCAACGCCAAUGUAAUGUGCAUCAGUGCCCAGCAAAUUGGUGGAUUGGUCCUUGGCAACACUGCUCAGUGACCUGCGGGUCAGGAGGCGUGCGCAGUCGGUCGGUGUUCUGCAUCCGGAGCAUCGGGCAAGAUGAACAGGUCGCCUUGGUUGAUGAGGAUUGUCUUCGGCUCGGGCUGACGAAGCCGGAGAUGACGGGGAGUUGUAGCGUAGAGACGGCGUGCCCGAUGAGAGCCCACUGGAUCACAGGAGAAUGGUCAGAGUGUUUGUACAAGAACGGACGGGCUGAGCAGACGAGGACAGUUCAGUGCAGCAGGAUUGAUGCCUUCUGUGACUUCAGUAAUCGUCCCCCCACCCGACAGCCUUGUGAAGAUUAUUAUGGAUAUUCAUACGAUUACUACGUCGACUACAGCGAGAAACGAGACGAAACACCAAUCAGCUUCGGCGAAUGGGAACGACUGAAAGCGCAGGGAUUGCUGGAUGUAAAGGACAAGAGUCCAACAACCAAAGUGGCGCCGACGCAGAUGGAGUCAAACUUCUUAGCCAAUCAGGUGCCUGAUACCGGCCUCCAUGAAUACGUAAUGCCGCCUGAAGGCACAGACAAGACUCUGAUUGGCAGAGCAGAUAAUGACGUUAUCUUGGGCAUUGAGAUACCACGUAACAUUGAUCCAGACGGCGAUUGGGUGGAGCCGUCCAGUCGGAGUGAGGUGAACGGAAACACGAUAGAGACUGAUACUGUAGCUACACCCAUAGAAGAGGAACAAACAACGGAACAAAAUGGAUUUGUCCUGCAUGGAAAAACACUGUGGUGGUUCUCCAGGCCUUGGUCGGAGUGUUCGGUUAGCUGUGGUGACGGUGUCCGCUAUCGGACAGUGGAAUGUCUUGAAGUCAAUACAGGUCUACCACACAGAGGCUGUGACCAGACCAUUAAGCCUAGCGUACGCGAGACAUGCCGUCUGGCAGACUGCAGUGGUAACAGUGCAUCGUUUUCUUACAGCUGCGAUGGGAACACGCAGAGCGAUACUUGGUGUCAUCUAGUGAAAGUAAUGGGCAACUGUCAUAAGGACAUAUACAGAGACAUGUGCUGUGCUACGUGUAUCACUCAACCCGCUGGUCCCGCACCAAACCCCUAACAUGAAAUAUAAUGUCAGGAGUAACUGACAUCAACUGGUAGCCGGCUUGUGUUCCAUGCAUGCUGCCUGUGAGCUACGACAGGUUCUAUAGGUUACCAACUCCCGACAGAUUGGUGACAUCAGCAUGCCAAUCGUGUGCAAGUCUACACUAUCAACAUUACAAGGAUAUCCUAAAUGCAUCACAAAAAUCGUUUGUCAAAAUAAGUGACAGAUACCCAGCAGUGCUUUUCCAAGAACGCAUUAAUAUAAUUAUCCAAAGCAAGAAUGAAUAAGUGUAACAAAUUAAUGUUUACUAAAUAAAUACUACCAUUAAUAUAAAGUGAGGAGACUGUGUGCUAAUCAUGGGUUUGGUGAGUGAAUGCUGGAGAAAAAUCUCUAUUCAUUAAUUUGAGAUGAUUUUGUCGUGAUACUGAGGUACUUAUUGACAUUGGACCGAAUUGCCUAUUGUCGACCGUCCUAUUUAAAGUCAAAACAAAUUGACCCUGACAAAUGGAAAUAUAAAAGCAUAUUGAUCUUAGUGGCCGCGUAUACGCUGAAAUGCUAAAAUGCUUUUAUUUAUGAACUUAUGAAAAACUAUAUGUUUGUACAUUUUAAACCUGUAAAAUGCAGAAAGUGGUUUGUAAAGUGUAAAAACAAAACAUUGUACGUACACAAAUUUAUUUAACUGAUUGUUUGCAGAAAGUGAAUGAUACUCCCUGCAUAGCAGUCAUUAAUGCAUUUACAGUAUUCUUAUUAUUCGCUCUGCUGGUAUUUAAGUAACUUGUUGAUAAAAUGCCGAUGAAUGUGCUACUUUCUACAGUCGGCCAGGAAACGAACUCACUGCGACCAAAGUUCAGAGAAUGGGAUCUGAAAUCAUUGCUUUGUGGACUGGGUGGAUUGGAUAUGGAUGGGAUACUCUAAAUCUCUAAAAUGCCUCUUUUAAGAACCCUUUAGUGACGAUAUUGAGCAUGAGAAUCGCUUAUAGAAUACGUUAACGAUUAUUGCAUGAAUUUCAUGCUUAAAUGUGCGUAGACCUGUAAGCUUUAUAUCAUCGCAUUUACAUCACUCUGUGCUUUUAUGGAAGCAUUUAUACGCAGAUAGCCUGCUUUAUCAUUGGUCCGGAAUAACAAUUAGUGACAUGUCCAGUUUAAUAUUGGGAUAUAACUGACACUCAGACCGUUACUAGUUUUUUGCGAUGUCUUCCUCUUUUUCUGCUAAUGAUUCAUUUUCGAUGUUUGCCGUCAUUGCUUCGUUAUAUUCAAAAUGCAGUUUUCAAAGAGCCUUUCAUUGUUUAUUGUUGUUUUUACAGUACAACACUGUUUUCGAGUAUUGUUUCUUUCAUCACUUUCACGUUGGUUGUCAACCAUUUUCGAUAUCUGCGCCAUUGUGUUGCUGUGAAGCAUUACGAAUAACAAUAAUAUUUAAACAAAUAUCAAAAUGUGUUCCCAUUAUCAUUUCAGAUCAGAGAAAAACAGCACAUAUCUCUUGUAUCAUUUAUUUAACCUUUUGUGCUAUCUUCUGUCACCACUUCAUCGUGUAUUAAAAGUGGCCAAUCUCAUUUUUGAUAUUUUCAAAAUUUACUCAUCAAUGGUAUUUGACCGAGCUAAAAAGAGUCCCCGCAUAGAGGGACAAACUCACAUUGGUGUCAAGCAUUAAUUUUGUCAAGCAUUAAUUUUUUCUUCACCACUCACGCGAUUUCUAAUAAGGAGCAGUCUUCUUAGGGGGCAAUAGAUCCUUCAUAGUUAUUUUCUUAAAAUCAUAAAUGAGGUUGAAAAUAUACCCCGACCCAUACAACUCAUUGAUAUCCAGAAGUCACGUGAGAUAGAAGUUUAACAGCUAGCCGCAUGCCUAUGCAAAUUACACCUGCGUUUUCUGACCAAUGGGACUACCGUUCAUGCUCCCGCACAAUAAAUUAAGUUUGCACGUGCCUGUAAUAUGCGCGUGGUAUGUUAUUUGUUAUGCAAAUAAACCGCCAGCAAAAAGCUUUUCUUCA